AUCCGUUAAUGGAGCUCUCAGCAAUGCAUCUUCCUUCAGAUAACUUAAAAGAGUGAAGGUACAGACUUGGGUUGAAAAGAUACUUUUGGAAGAAUCAUACUAUUCUUCGCUAUGGUGGACUUCCUAGCGGAAAAUAAUCACUGCGGGCAGGCGAUUCUCAGAAUUGUCUCUUGUGGAAAUGCUAUCAUCGCCGAACUGUUGAGACUCUCCGAGUUCGUUCCGGGUGUUUUCCGACUCAGAAACAAGGCUGAUCAGCAGAAAUACGGCGAUAUUAUAUUUGAUUUCAGCUAUUUCAAGGGACCUGAGCUAUGGGAAGGGAAGUUGGAAGCCAAACCUGACCUCCAGGAUCUAGACGACGAAUUUCGCGAGAACAACAUAGAAAUCUUGACGAGAUUCUAUCUGGCUUUCCAAAGCGUUCAUAAAUAUAUUGUUGACUUAAACAGAUAUCUAGAUGACCUCAAUGAAGGAAUUUACAUCCAGCAGACCAUAGAAACGGUGCUGCUGAAUGAGGAUGGCAAACAGCUGCUGUGUGAAGCCCUUUAUCUGUAUGGCGUCAUGUUGCUCGUCAUCGAUCAGAAAAUUGAAGGAGAGGUGCGAGAGAGAAUGCUGGUUUCCUACUAUAGAUACAGCGCUGCCCGUUCAGCUGAUUCCAACAUGGACGACAUCUGUAAGCUGCUCCGGAGCACGGGGUAUUCGAGUCAGCCUGGAGCAAAGAGGCCUGCAAACUACCCAGAGAGCUACUUCAGCAGGGUACCCAUAAACGAAACAUUCAUCAGCAUGGUCAUUGGCCGGCUGAGGUCGGAUGAUAUAUACAACCAGGUUUCCGCGUACCCGUUGCCAGAGCACCGCAGCGUCGCCCUCGCUCCUCAGGCGGCCAUGUUGUACGUGGCGCUUUAUUUUGAUGCCUCUAUUCUGCACACGCAGCAAGCGAAGAUGAGGGAGAUCGUGGAUAAAUAUUUUCCAGACAACUGGGUAAUUAGCAUUUAUAUGGGGAUGUGCGUGAACCUGGCGGAAGCCUGGGAGCCUUACAAAGCUGCGAAAACGGCUCUGAACCAAACGCUGGACCUUUCCAACGUCAAGGAACAGGCCAGCAGAUGCGCCGCAGUCAGGGAGCGAGUCCACACCCAGGUGCAGCAGUUUCUUAAGGAAGGCUGCUUGAGGGAGGAACUGGUACUGGACAAUAUCCCCAAACUACUGAACUGCUUAAGAGACUGCAACGUGGCGAUCCGGUGGAUGAUCCUGCAUACUGCAGACUCGGCUUACGAUCCAAACAACAAGCGCCUCCGACAAAUAAAGGACCAGGCUCAAACAGAUUCCAAGUACAACCCCAAGAUCCUUUUCCAGCUUCUCCUGGAUAUAGCACAGUUCGAAUUCAUAUUGAAAGAGAUGUUCAAGCAGAUGCUGUCCGAAAAGCAAACAAAAUGGGAAAGCUACAAAACGGAAGGAUCAGAAAGGAUGACGGAGCUGGCUGAUGUCUUUUCAGGCGUUAAGCCUCUAACAAGAGUGGAGAAAAAUGAAAACCUGCAAGCCUGGUUCAGGGAAAUCGCCAAACAAAUAAUGUCUCUGAAUUACGACGACUCCACUGCAGCGGGCAGGAAAACUGUGCAAUUAAUACAAGCUUUGGAAGAGGUUCAAGAAUUUCACCAACUGGAGUCCAACCUGCAAAUAUGUCAGUUCCUUGCUGACACUCGCAAGUUUCUCCAUCAGAUGAUCAGAACCAUCAACAUUAAGGAAGAGGUUUUGAUCACCAUGCAGAUAGUUGGUGAUCUUUCAUAUGCCUGGCAGCUGAUUGACAGUUUCACAUUUAUCAUGCAGGAGAGCAUCAGGGCAAGCCCGUCUAUGGUGACGAAACUCAGGGCCACGUUUUUAAAGCUGGCUUCAGCUCUCGAUAUGCCUCUGCUUCGCAUCAAUCAAGCCAACAGCCCCGACCUUCUGAGCGUAUCUCAGUAUUAUUCUGGUGAAUUGGUUUCCUACGUGAGAAAGGUUUUGCAGAUCAUUCCCGAGAGCAUGUUCACAUCUCUCCUGAAGAUUAUAAAGCUGCAGACUCACGACAUCAUCGAAGUGCCUACCCGCCUGGACAAAGACAAGUUGCGGGAUUAUGCCCAGCUUGUACCGCGAUACGAGGUUGCUAAGCUUACGCACGCCAUCUCGAUCUUCACAGAAGGCAUUCUGAUGAUGAAAACGACACUGGUCGGAAUCAUCAAGGUGGAUCCCAAGCAGCUGCUAGAAGACGGUAUAAGGAAAGAGUUGGUGAAACGAGUCGCCCUAGCACUGCACAGAGGGCUUAUCUUCAACCCCAGAGCCAAGCCCAGUGAACUCAUGCCCAAGCUGAAAGACAUGGCAGCCACAAUGGAUGGGUUCCACCGCUCUUUUGAGUAUAUCCAGGAUUACGUCAACAUCUAUGGCUUGAAGAUUUGGCAGGAAGAAGUGUCCCGGAUUAUCAAUUACAAUGUGGAACAGGAGUGCAAUAGCUUCUUGAGGACCAAGAUCCAGGACUGGCAAAGCAUGUAUCAGUCCACACAUAUCCCGAUACCAGCAUUCGCACCUGUGGAUGAAUCCGCUACUUUCAUUGGCCGGCUCUGCCGAGAGAUCCUGAGGAUCACAGACCCAAAAAGUGCCUGCUACAUUGACCAGCUGAACACCUGGUACGAUCUGCGAACGCACCAGGAAGUGUCCAACAGCCGCCUGUUUUCCGAGAUCCAGGACACCCUGGGCACCUUUGGCCUGAAUGGUCUCGACAGGCUUCUCUGCUUCAUGAUUGUGAAAGAGCUGCAGAAUUUCCUCAGCAUGUUUCAGAAGACGGUGCUACGUGACAAAGGAGUACACGACGCCUUGAAGUCUCUCACAAACGCUGUCAACCCUUUGAAGGGAAUUGUGGCCAAUUGUGUCAAGGUGUAUUCCACAGCAGUCACCAAAACUCAGAGGAUAUGGCCUGCGUAUCUUGAUGCAAUCAUGAAGGUUGGCCAGAUGCAGAUUCUGAGACGGCAGAUUGCCAACGAGCUUAACUAUUCCUGCAGAUUCGACUCCAAGCAUUUAGCAGCUGCAUUGGAGAACCUUAAUGAAGCAAUCUUGGCUGACAUAGAGGCCCAUUACCAGGAUCCCUCAUUGCCUUACCCUAAAGAAGACAACACUCUUCUGUAUGAGAUCACAGCCUACCUGGAGGCAGCCGGAAUUCACACCCCACUAAAUAAGAUCUACAUAACUACAAAACGAUUGCCGUAUUUUCCCAUCGUGAACUUUCUGUUUCUGAUUUCCCAGUUGCCGAAACUUCAGUACAGUAAAAACUUAGGGAUGGUGUGCAGGAAGCCGGCAGAUCCCGUUGACUGGCCGCCUCUGGUUCUGGGUUUGCUCACUCUGCUGAAGCAGUUUCACUCACGAUACACCGAGCAGUUUCUGGCCCUGAUUGGCCAGUUCGUUCGGUCAAUGAUGGAGCAAUGCACAAGCCAGAAGGUCCCAGAAAUGCCGGCCGAUGUUGUAGGUGCCUUGCUCUUCUUGGAAGAUUAUGUUCGUUAUACAAAGUUGCCGCGGAGGGUGGUUGAAGCCCAUGUGCCUAGUUUCAUUUUUGACGAGUUCCGAACAGUUAUGUGAACCCCAGAGGAAAACCCAACAGCCCUGCUCUGGGAUUUGCUAAAUGAGAACGCAAGAGGAGAUGGGAGGGAAGAGUGCAUCACUUCAGAACCGUCUUUAAUUUUUGACUUUAGCAGAAGCAUACUUAUGGCUAUAUUGAUCUAACAUAAUAAAGUGAUACUAAACCAACUUUCCCCAGUCUGGUGCCCUCCUGCUGUUUUGGACUGCCGACUCCCAAUGGAUGAUGGGAGUUGUAGUCUGAAGCAGCUGGUGGACGGCAGGCCACAUUAAACCUUUUAAGCAACCCCGUUUAAAAAUCAUGACGUCCCGCUCAGCUGAUGAUUGCAUAUGUGUAUUUUGUACUUUUAACCUGCAAUGUUGUACACUACUCCUUUAUGUACAAAAAUCAUUCGGUUUAUGUUCUUAGCAAUUUGUGGACAUCGAAUGACUUUUUUGUAUAGCGAUUAAAAGAAUGAUAUUGAAAUAAG